UCCAUUGCAUUAAGUUUCGUUUUUCGUUACUUUUUGAUUUUGAUUACUCUUUUUUCCCCCAAACUUUCUAAACUAAAAAAAAUAAAAUGGCACCCCACAAGCUUUGUAUGAUUCCUGGUCCUAUUGAGGUCCACGAAGACGUCUUGCAAGCUAUGAGCACCCCUGCUACCGCUCACGUUGAUCCCAAGUUCGUCCCUAUCUUUGGUGAAAGUAUCGAAUUGGUCCGUAAGGUCGUUUUGACUGAGACUGCCCAACCCUUCAUUGUCUCUGGCUCUUGUACUUUAGGUUGGGACAUGAUGGUUAACAUUCUUGAACAAGGUGACGAAGUUUUGGCUUUAAACACUGGUUACUUUGGUGAUCAUUUUUCUGAAUGUUUGGAAAUUUAUGGUGCCAAAGUCACUACCCUUCGUGCUGAAGUCGGUUCUCGUCCUACCAACGAAGCUUUGAAGGAAGCUUUGAAGGAAAAGAAGUACAAGAUGGUUACCGUCACUCACGUUGAUACUUCAACUGGUGUUUUGUCUGAUAUUAAGACAAUUGCUCAAACUGUCAAGUCUAUCUCCCCAGAGACUUUGGUUAUUGUUGAUGGUGUCUGUUCAGUUGGUUCCGAAGAAAUCCGAUUCGAUGCUUGGGGUUUGGAUGUUGUUAUUUCAGGUUCUCAAAAGGGUUUGGGUGUUCCUCCUGGACUUUCUGUCGUUGUUGUCUCUCAACAAGCCCUCGAUGUUUUCAAGAACAGAACAUCUCCUGUUGUUGCUUAUUAUUCCAACUGGAAGAAGUGGUUGCCUAUCAUGCAAGCAUACGAAUCUCGUAAACCUGCAUACUUCGCUACCCCUGCCGUCCAAUUAAUCUAUGCACUCCAUACCUCUCUUAAGCUUAUCACUAGCGAACCUAUGGAAGUCCGCUUCGAAAAACAUCGUGAGGUUUCUGCAAAGUUCAGACAAACCAUCCGUGAUUUGGGUUUGAAGCCUCUUGCUCAAACUGAGGAGAGCUCUGCUAAUGGUAUGACUGCUGUUUGGUUGCCUGAAGGUAUUGAGGUUCCUCAAUUGGUUCCUGCUCUUGCUGGUAAGGGUGUCCAAAUUGCUGGUGGUAUUUUGACCGGUUUGGCUGGAAAGUAUUUCAGAAUUGGUCAUAUGGGUAUCUCUGUUAUGGAACCUGAGCGUCAUCACAUCGAUAAGGUUGUUGAGGUCUUGUCUGAAUCCUUAAAGGAACUUGGUUACAAGGCUUAAAUACCACAAUUUCAGAAGAAGAAAAAAAGAAACAUCUGCAUGAACGACUCUUUCUUUUUUGUUAAAAACAUUUCCUUUGGCAUAUAACCCAUUGUAUACACACACACGCACACGCUAGAAAUCGUUUUUUUUUUAAAACACAAUAAACAGAAUAUUUUAUUUUUUUGUUUCAA